AGGCCAGCAUGUGGCCCUCCAUCCCCCUGGUGGUGCCUCAGGCCACGCUGGGCACCGCCAUGGGCCUGGCCACCUCCAUACAGAUGGUCGGGAUCGGCGUGUCCAACCUGAUCGUUGGACAGAUCCUGGGCACCAAGUCGAGCGAGGCUAAGAUCCCGCUGUGGCGCUGGCAGAGGAUGAUGAUCUUUAUGUUGGCAAACACCGUCUGCUGCAUCGUGACGUCCGUGUUGCUCAACGUCGCUGACCACAGACAGGGCGGCACUCUGAACAAGACCACCAAGAGGUCGGAGCAGGCAGAGGGAGACUCGGAGCGAGAGCCGCUCCACCAGGAGGAGAAAGAGGAGGAGGAGGAGGAGGAGGAAAACGGGCCUAAAAGCUCCGAUGUGCCGUCUCAGUCUAUCAAUUCAUGAGCUUCUCUCAAACACUAAGUCUAAGAAUUACAACCUGCAACCCGCUGUGCCUCAAAUUACAGCCAAUAAGUGAAACUGUUAUUUUUCUCACACCAGUCGAUGCAUCAGUGUUGCAGAAAUGAUUAUUCUUUGGAGUAUUGUGCAAUUCUUUUUUUUAACUUGUUUUAAUUUUCAGAACAGUAUUGAGACUUUUUUUUAACUUUAUGACGUUUUUUUAGCUGUCGGUAUGGAUUUAAAGGGACGCUCGUUCAUUUUCAAUUAAAUGAAAGAAAAGAGUUGAUUUAAUAACGUUUUUAGACUCAAAUCAAGUUGUUUGUGACAUUUGCUGCCAACUUUUCCCCCACAUCAGGUUUUUACAUUUAGUUCUUAUUUUUUUUAUAGGAAUUU